UUCUUUGCCACACGCUACACAAACAGGACCGCUGCAAGAGUGAGAGUGGAUACAUAAACGGACUGUUCUUGUGGAUACUCGACGGUGCAACUAGACAACAUGAGACGAGGGACAUUUUUCUGAUUAUUGCUCACGUGUAGUGACGGUGGCACGGCAAGUUCCACAGCGUUCCACAGCGUUCGACAUCUUUUGCAUUUUGGCAGGAGGAAUCGGUGAAAUCGACACCGCAGACGUUUCGGCGGCUGGGUAAGAUCGAUCAUGCGAUUUUCACGAUUCUGAAAUAUAUCAAUCUGGAUCGGUAGAUGUUCUAAGUAGCAAUGCACUUCAAUCUAACUGCAUAAGGGAAAAUAAACAGGAAACGCGACAACAAUUUUAUAUCUUGAGACACAAAGGCGGCUUUAUUUGACGUGAAAGAUGGAAACGUCAAGUGUUGUGACCGGCACGAGUGAAAGUUUGAAUCAGACGUUAUUUGAUGUCGGCGAUCAUGACGUGUUUGACUCGCCUAGGAAGUACUCAUCCGCGGUGCAAUACACAACCCUGGUGAUUGGAAUACCAGUGGACAUACUCGGCUUUUUUGGUAACCUUAUGACUAUCGUUGUGGUGUCCAAAACACCGGUGCUACGGACACCCACCAAUUUGUUCAUCAUUAGUCUGAGCGUGUCGGACCUGAUGUACUGCUGCAUCGUGCUGCCUGUACUCCUGACGACUUUCUACAGUAAUGCCUGGAUCUUCGGAUCGGCAUUUUGCCAGGUCCACCCCCUGUUCAUGUUCACGUUCGUCGGUUCGACCAUCAUGUCCCUCGCCGGUACUGCCUUCGGUCGGUACCUCAAGAUCACCCAGUCCCCGCUGUACGGGAAACUGUUCACCAUCAAGCGCCGUGCGGCCGGUAUGAUACUCCUCUGCUGGCUCUUACCCUUCAUCUUCCUCCUCCCUCCCAUCACAGGGUUAUGGGGACGCCUGGGCUACGAGCCCAAGACGCUGACAUGUACCUUCCUGCGCGGGGGGAGUAACUCCAGCUACUCCAUGUUCUUCAUGAUCUCCGCGCUGAUAUUACCGACUUUCUCGAUAACUUUCUGCUACUUCCGUAUCCUGCAGACGGUCUGUGUGAACCACAAGCGGGUCCGGAAGAUGCGCGUCGAACCGGGGGAUGAGAUAUCUGCCUCGACAGAGACUGGUACCUCAGGGGCGACAAAAAGGCAACAGAGAAAGGCCUACCGGGAGGACAUCCAGUACACCAAAAUGAUGCUUUGUAUUUUCUUGGUCUUCAUCGCCUGCUACGUGCCCUACAUGAUGGCAACCCUAGUGGACCCGCAGGUCAAUAACAUGACCUUCCAUUUCUGCUGCGGGAUGUGCGUCUGGUUCAGUAGUUGUCUCAACCCCAUCGUCUAUGUCGUUAUGAACAGACACUUCAGGCAGGCUUGCGCUAGGUUCCUACCGACCACCAUGCGAGGUCGCGAAGUCACAGAAAUUGUUGGCUUGUGAGAUGGGAAAAAAAGUUCUACACUUGAGGGUCAAGGUUUGCCCUUUAUGUAUAGACCAAUCCUGGCGCGCUAUCAAUUCUAUCACGAAGGCCCCCAUGAAUGG